GUUUGCACAGGGCCGCUCCGCGCGCCGGCCUGGGGUCCCGCCCCCCCCGGUGCGUGCUGGACCCUCUUAUUCUGGAAUCGGAACCUUUCGGAGCCGGUUGAGCGAAGCCGGAACAAGGCACCGCUACUGUGGCCUGGAUGUGGUGUCAGCUGUUCCUGCAGCGCUGCAGGGCGGGUCUCCACCUCUUCCCCCUCACCCAGAGCGGGGUCCGGGUCCGGAUCCAGGGACGGCACUUGGUCACCAUGAAGCUGGAGUCUCCGGAAUUCCAGUCUCUUUUCACCCCAGGGCUGAAGAGUAUCGCAGAAUUAUUUGAAAAGGAAAAGUAUGAAUUAAGAAUAGCUGGAGGUGCUGUCAGAGAUUUAUUAAAUGGAAUGAAACCACAAGAUGUGGACUUUGCCACCGUUGCUACACCUACUCAGAUGAAGGAAAUGUUCCAGUCUGCUGGUGUUCGUAUGAUCAAUAACAAAGGAGAAAAACAUGGAACCAUUACUGCCAGGCUUCAUGAACAGAACUUUGAAAUUACCACACUUAGAAUUGAUGUAGUCACUGAUGGACGACAUGCAGAGGUGGAAUUCACAACUGACUGGGAAAAAGAUGCUGAAAGAAGAGAUCUCACCAUCAACUCUAUGUUUUUAGGUUUGGAUGGCACGCUUUUUGAUUAUUUCAGAGGUUAUGAAGACUUAAAAAACAAGAGAGUCAGAUUUGUAGGACAUGCAACCCAGAGAAUACAAGAGGAUUAUUUACGAAUACUGAGAUAUUUCAGGUUUUAUGGAAGAGUAGCAGAAAAGCCUGGUGACCAUGAACCUAAUACUCUGGAAGCAAUUAAGAAAAAUGCCAACGGUUUGGCUGGAAUAUCAGGAGAGAGGAUUUGGGUGGAACUGAAAAAAAUUCUUGUUGGAAACCACGUAAAUCAUUUGGUUCGACUUAUGUAUGAACUCGAUGUUGCCCAUUAUAUAGGAUUACCUGUUAAUGGGAGUUUAGAGGAAUUUGACAAAGUCAGUAAAAAUGUUCAGAAUCUGUUUCCAAAACCAAUGACCGUUCUAACAUCACUGUUCAAGGUACAGGAUGAUGUCAUAAAACUCGAUUUGAGGCUGAAAAUCUCAAAAGAAGAGAAGAACCUUGGCCUUUUUAUAAUGAAGCAUAGAAGAGACUUAAUCAAAGCUAUAGAUAGUCCAGAACCACUUAAACCAUAUCAAGACUUCAUUAUAGAUUCUAGGGAACCUGAUAUGAACUCCAGGAUCUGUGAGCUUCUAAAAUACCAAGGAGAAGAGCAUCUUCUAAAGGAAAUGCAAGAGUGGUCUGUCCCUUCUUUUCCUAUCAGUGGCCAUGAUUUAAGAAAAAUGGGAAUUUCUUCUGGAAAGGAAAUUGGAACAGUGUUACAGCAGUUAAGGGAUCAGUGGAAGAAGAGUGGUUACCAAAUGGAUAAAGAAGAACUCUUAACUUGUGUAAAGAAGGUGUAAACUCUAAGAGUAGUAGGGUUUGAUGAUAAUUUAGUAAUACACAUAAUUGUAUUUACCUUGUUACAGGAAGAAUCAAAAUAUUUGUAAAUAUAAUGCUACUACCAGCCAAUAUUGCAUUUGAGUUCAAGACUUUUAGGCGCAGAAUUGUUUCAUGUUCAAAAUUCAUACUGUACUCUGAAUGCUGCAGUAACAUGCGGCUUUAUUUCUGCCAAUCUGACUGAAAACCCUACCUCUGUUUGUUAUGUUUAAAUGGUAACUAAUUAAUACUUGGGGUUUUGUUUUUUUAUCUCUUGUGUUCCUAAUGGCAAGUAGAGGUGACACAAGGAUUUUUGAUACUCUGACUUAGCUAUAGACAAGGUGAAUGAUUUCUGUGCUCCAGAUAAAAACCUCUAACACAUUAUUUUUUAUUUUUUGUAGUCAAAGCUGAGUAUCAGAUUGAAAGGUUCACUUCAGCAGUUCCCAAACAAAUGAUACCCUAUCAUGUGAAACAACCCUGUUUUCCUAAAGGUUUUGGUUUUUAUCUUAAUUCCAAAAUCAAUUUUAGAUUAAACGGAUCACUAGUCUAAAUCAAUAUCAACGGUAUCUACUUGGGUAUAAGUACUUUUUAUGUCUUACGAUUUUUCAAUCAUUUAUUUCUCAUUUUACAAGUAUACAAAUUGUUGGAGCCCCUCUGCCCUUUUUCCUAAAAUAUAUUUUAAUUUUUGUACACGAAAUGAGGGAUAUUAAAGUGUAACACUAACCACUGAAAACUAAAGCAGAUCCAGAGCAGCUAGUCCAGAUUUCUCCUCCCAGUGUCAGGUCAUCACAUCCUGGCAUAGUAAAAGAGAGCCACCUCCUAUUUGCCUUUACCCUAGGCAAAGUGAACCUGAACUGUGUAUAUGCUUUGAAGUACUGACAUUCCAAUGAAAUAUGGGCAUGUAAAAAAUGUCUAGCAUUUGGGGGGAUAAGAAACUGACUGUAAAAAUAUAUUUACUACUGUAAUAUCCCCACACCUCUCAAAAUAACUGACUUAGGGCCUAGUUCCUGCCACCCUUACUUAUGUUUAGUGUCAUUCCAUGAAUAGUUGAAUUGAAAUCAAUGGGAUUAGUUCAGGAAAACAGACAAUGACUCGAACAUUAGAUGACAGUAAAAUCAGAGCAACUUUACAGCAGAACAUGUAUUUGUCUUCUUUCAUGUGGCUAAUUAUUACUGGGGGUGUUGGAUUCCAGUUACUUACAUGCUCAAGACAAGAUACGUUGUUCUGUAGCAAUUUAGGGCCAAUGAUCUGAAACUGAGGGGAAAACAUAGAUCCUUGAGUACUGUAUUUUCAUAUUAAUAAGCAUGGUUGUAUUGUGUUAGUCUGAUAUGCUUAUCACAGCAUUCUACCUUUACAAUUUGUUAAAUAAAGUAUUUUUGUUUAAUUUU